AUGGCCCUGACCACGGCAGAACUUGGGGAAGUGACUCCCCUGCCGCUCACCGUGACCUCAGGUCAAGCCGUUGACCUUGACACUCACCACAGGGUUUCCUUCGAGGGCAAGAGCCCCCGCGACUUCGAGAGUCCACUGGGGUCGGAGAGCAAGUACUACCACGAGUCGGGUCCCCAGGACACCAAGUACUCGCUGGCGGGUCCCAAGCCCUCGUCGGAGCUGGCGGCGGAGCUCAAGCGGGCCGAGAGCGCCAAGUUCGUGUUCGAGGGCUACGAGGGCGGCGGGCAGGUGCUGCGAGGGGCAGGUGCGGGCGCGGGCGCGAUCACGGCCGCUCCCGCUUUUCCCUCCCACACGAUCGACGCCAUCCUGGGCCUCCGCACGCCCCUGAAGGGUACGUCGUCCCCGCCGCCCCUCACGCACGUCCACGGCCUCAACAACAACACCUCCACCAACAACAUGAACGUGACGGCGCCCUCGCCCACCAACAGCAGCGGCAGCGGCAGCGGCGGCGGGCGGGGCGGCGGCGGGGCGCGGGAAGAUGGCGGCGAUACCGACGACUCCAGCGCCGCGACCCCGACAGGUGCGAUGACUUUAAUCAAGUUGAUCACCUUUGGUGACCUCCGACGGCCGGGUCAACGCCGCUAG